UGCUUUUUUGGACAAAUGUCACAAAUCUAUAAUUUAUUGUUGAGUGACUUCAAUGUUGAUUGACCUACCUUCUAUUUGAAUCAUAUCCUCAGAAGAUCUUGACAAAGUCUUAACAAUAAUGAAAAGUAGUGUGAUGAGAAAAUGAAUAAUUAGUAGACAAUGGAGCUGAACACCAGUAGCUAUUGAAAGCAAAGGUCUCUGAAAAUGAGAUGAACUGAAUAUCAUAAUUUUUAUAUCUUUAUCUAGGAAGUUGAACUUAUCAGAAAUGUCCAAGAACUUCUGAAAAGAACUUUGAUGCAAGCUGUUAACCAGAUGCAAUUAAAUCGCGAUCACAAGCAGACUUGUGAAAUGGAUUGGUCUGAUAAGGUCGAAACGUACAACAUUGAUGACAAAUGUGGACGAUACAAUAAUCAGAGCACCAACAUCCAGUUCCAUCCCAGCUCAUCAAAGUUCGAGGAAAGUGCCUCAACACCCGAAACCUGGGCAAAAUUCAGCCAUGACAACAUCUAUAGGGCGGAGCGAGAGCGCCUGGCUUCCAUCAACCUCCGUUUAUUGAUCGACAAUAUCCUUCACGACACAGCUGAGGAUCUGCAUUUGCAGUGUGCUGCCGUUAAUGAGGCUUUUGCUAAGCGCUGCGAAGAGAUGGAAGAUGCAAAACACAAAUUGGAACAUCAUUUGAAAAAAACCCUCAAGGAAAUUGGAGAUCAAGAAAACAACAUUGCUGCUCUCAAACAAGCGAUUAAGGACAAAGAAGCGCCAAUGAAAGUGGCUCAGACACGGCUGUAUGACCGAUCUUUCAGGCCCAAUGUUGAGCUCUGCAGAGAUCCAGCACAAUUCAGGUUGAUCAGUGAAGUUGAAGAACUGACAGAGUCUAUUGAGUCUCUGAAGCAGAAACUACUGGAAGCCGAACAGUCUCUGAGGAACUUAGAAGACACACGGAUGAGUCUAGAGAAGGAGAUAGCUGUGAAAUCGAACAGCAUUUUUAUUGACCGGCAGAAAUGCAUGGCCCAUCGCACGCGAUACCCUGUUGUUCUUAAACUAGCAGGUUACCAGUAGUCACACUUGCUGUAUUAACUAUGUGAAGAUUGGUAGGAAAUCAUAGAUUAAGAUAUUUAAUUUUAUAAUAAGUUUGCAAUGUUAUAUUCAAUAAGAAACAUAAUUUGCUGUUAAUUUCCUUUAAUUACAUAAAAAUACAGAAGUAUAACAUAAUGGCUGGCUGUGGUGCUUGUAUUUGCAUUCCACGUAAAAUUUUCUUUAUGCUUGCAUAGUUCAUACAGUAUGUGAUGCUUCAGGUCUCUUUUCCUAAAAUCCGAUGAAUGAACAUGGAGGUUUGGGUAUUUCUAGCUUUAUUGUUUUCAAGCUGCCUUACAAAUAAGUAUGUUUUGGGAAAUUAAAGAAUACACACUUCCGUAAGGAAAUAGUUUAAACAGAUUUUAGUUUCAAGCUGUCCUAGGGUUAAGAAAGCAAAAUUGUAGUUUGCACACUCAGGUGACAAUUUGAAUCAUAACUACAAAUAGCAAACCCGUGAUACCAGAUGUAUAAGCAGGUAUUGAAUGAAAAGAUUUUAAACAAACAAUCCAGUUUACUUCUAAAGAGAAGCAAAAUGGCUUGUGAACAGGGAAUACUCCUUUUUCUCAAUGCCUCUAUCAAACUGCCAAGAAGCAACCUUUGAUCUUUUAAUUCUGCUCCCUUGGACUUCAGCGGAAGUAGUGUAUGUGUGUAGCUAAUGAAAUGUAGCCCAUGAUGGGCAAUCAAAGGACACAUCCAUUCCAUCAGUCUCAAUGGAGCCUUGCAACGUACAUUAUUCAUCCAUCAGGUUACGGGUGCUGCUCUGCUGGAUUUGUGAUGUACAGGAUAAAAGGGGUGAGAUGAAAUGGACGUCCAUUAAGGCAAAUUAAUUGUCUUCUACAUUACAUUUUUUUAUUUUUAAAAAGGUUAUUUAGAAACCCUGUAACUCUGUCACCGUCACUACAUUGCUCUGCCUUAUUACUCUAUGUAUGAAAGUACAUUCAUGUAACUAUUUGCCUCUCUAACAGGUGUUUUUCAUCUGUUAUGUUGACACAGGAGGUGGCUAUUGGCUUUGGACUGUUAGCAUCCUGAAAUAAAAACCUACCACUGUUUCUCUUAAAAGAACUACAUCAGUAAAGCAUAGUCUGCCCAUGGCUUUGAUUGCUCCAGUUGUUUUGCAUUCAUGACUUUUUUAAAACAUUCUCCUUGCAGUGAUCAUAUUUUUAUAGCCUGAAUCAUAAUCAUUAGAAGUAGAAGUGGUAUAACACAAACUAGAAAGAGUUUGUCUACCGUGUACCUCUAAACAUAGGCAUCUAAAGCAAUAUAUUACAGAAAGAAAUACUUUGGGUACAUAUAUACAGUACUGCACAAUUAUUUCAAAAUAAGCCAUUCUGGA